CAUCAACCAAACUCACCAACAAGAAGAAGAAGAACAACAAACAACAAAGAACAAGAAAAGUUUUCUACGUUUCGGAUAUUACACAAGAACAUAUUGAGAGAGAUAUCUUCAUCUUGAAAAGCAAUGGCUCAGGAGAAAGUCAAUGACCUUAACCUUAAGGACACAGAGCUUCGUCUUGGACUACCCGGAACAGAACAAGUUAAGGAAGAACAAGAGGUUUCUUGCGUUAGAAGCAACAAGCGUCAACUACAAAGCGACAACGAGGAAGAAUCUACACCUCCUACGAAAAAUCAAAUCGUUGGUUGGCCUCCCGUGAGAUCUUACCGUAAGAACAACAACAACAAUGGUGUGAGCUAUGUGAAAGUAAGUAUGGAUGGAGCUCCAUACCUUAGGAAAAUAGAUCUCAAAACAUACAAAAACUAUCCAGAGCUUCUCAAGGCUUUAGAGAACAUGUUCAAGUUUACAAUCGGUGAAUACAGCGAAAGGGAAGGAUACAAAGGAUCUGGAGUUGUACCAACGUACGAGGAUAAAGAUGGAGAUUGGAUGUUGGUUGGUGAUGUUCCAUGGGAUAUGUUCUCUUCCUCUUGUAAGAGACUCAGAAUCAUGAAAGGAUCUGAUGCUCUUGCUUUGGACUCUGCCUUAUGA